AUGGAGUUCUAUCUGCCCUCUCUCCUUCUAGCAAUGCAAAUAACGGGUACAGAAGGGUGGAAAUGUGGAAUUGGACCAGUUAGCAGCACAAUAUCAUACAUUAUCGCUUUUCCAUCCGAUAUAACGGAGAUCGAUAAGUGCUGUAUUGAACAUGACACUCUUGUGGAUGGCCUUCAUCUACCUAGGAAAGAAGCAGAUCAAAUUUUCUGCGAAUGUUUAGCCACCAAGGAUAGUUGGUACAUUAAACACGUCGUAAAGCCGUUAUUUUGUACAUCUGUGGUCCUGUACACAAAAUGGUUCGACAACGAUAAAGGAACGAAACCGGUCAAUCAACAGAUCAUUCAACCGGACAACGACAAACCACAAGAACGUGUCGAACCAUCUUUGUUACGUAAUUUAGAAAGGCUGUAA